AUGACUGGCUCUGCUAUCUCCCGUCCGCGCGGCGGCGGCAUCCGCAAACAGCGCCAGAAGCGCGACCGAGACGGUGACCUGGUCAUGGGUGCAGCACCUCGAGUUGCUACGGCUGCGCGGGGUUCGGGUUCCAAGCCGAGGACUCGAGAAUCACACACGGCUCCUUUCACCGAGCUCAAGGUGACCGGUUGGACCGAUGACAAAGAGGUGGCCAAGAUCCUCAAUUUCCUCGAGCGCCAUGCUGCACGACGCAGCCAGAAGACCACAAAGGGUAGCGUACCACCAAAGAUGGUCAAGCGACAUUCAGCAGCUGGCACUCUCCUCAAGAUCUUCGUCCGUCCCGACGAUGUCCCAGCCUUCGGCAAAAUCAAUGGCUUCACUUUCAACUCCGCGCAUGGUACUCAGAAACUUACCAUCACCGGCCCCGGAAUCCGCAGCAAGUCCCCAAAUGCCAUGGACACAACGUCUGGCGACAAAGACAAGAGCACCGACAAACCAGAAACGUCGGAGACCAUCGAAAUGCUCAAAGGCUUCCUUUUCCGCCGCUACCAAGCAGAGGAGAAGCUGCUCAAUCUGUCAAAGAUUGCCGACGACGAAGAGGUGGCGAAGUCAGGCAUGUUCAACGAUGCGCGGACUCAGCAGAAGUUUUUCCCCGCCUUGAUGGUUAUUUGCGACCAGACUCUCAAAUCGGAAGAUCAGAAGCGCGAAAUGAUCCACAGCGUAACGCUCGCAGGCAAUAAUCUACCAAACUUGGAUGUCGUGCGCAACCUUUCGACGACACUACCUCACAUUCUGAACCUCGACCUAUCCGGCAAUAAGUUUGCCAGUGUCCGCGUGCUCAAGCCGUGGAAGAAUAGGUUCCGUUCACUCGAACAUCUCAUCGUCGAGAUCACCGAGCCGGGCUGGGAAGAGGAACUCAUCUCGUGGUUUCCCAAGCUCCGCAUCCUCAAUGGCCAGCAGGUUCGCCCUGAUCCUGUGCCAGCCGCACCCGCCGCCGCCGGCCCAGCAGUCCCGGCAGCGCCGGCAACCGAUCUAGUACCUACACCGACAGUUCCGGCAGUCCCAGUCUCUGGCCUUACCCCUGAGCAAGAGCAAAUGGUCGUCUACGUCAUGGAGCAGACCAAUCUCAAGCGCGAGAUGGCUCUCCAGUGCCUGGAAGCCGGGAAGUGGGAUAUCAACGCCGCUGGGCAGCUCUUCCUCGCCACUAAGGAUACUCUCGGGCCUGACUCCUUCAACAGCUAG